AUGUCUGCCCCAUUGGCCCACGAUUCGUCUACGGACAAGACCCAGGGCGAAACCUAUGGACAACGAGAAUAUACAGAAAAGCGCACUUUCGGCCAGAAAGCAAAGAGACAUUGUGCUAGAUUUUGGUGGGCGCAUCUGAUCGCAUUCUGUCUGAUUUUCUUGACGGUCGCGCUACUCGUGGUCUACGUUGGCAUGCCACGGAUCGCACAACAUCAAGUCGAUGAUUCAAGUCUUGAAUUUAGAGAAGCGUAUUUCCUCAAUCCUACAGCAGACACAGUUGAGAUUACUCAAAAGGCCAUUCUACAUAACCCAAGCACUUUCACGCCCACUCUCGACCCAUUCCCAGCGGACCUGUUUCUGGUCACCAAUGGAAUUUAUUCCUCAGUCUCGAUGUUGACUCUGCCUAUGCCCGGAAUCCAUGCCAAGAAGGCUACCAACACCAGUAUCGACAACCAAGUUGUCAAGGUCAACAGCUUGGAUGCGCUCGGAGAUUAUGCUGUUGGGGUUAUGACGCAGGAGAAUAUCACCACUGCUUUGGUCGGAAGGACGAAGUUGCAUCUCGGCAAGCUUCCUGUCCAGAAGAUCAAGUUCAAUUCUACUUCCACCUACAAGACUCUCAACUCGUUGAAGGGUUUCAACACCACUGAUGUUCUCAUCAACCCUCUGGCUACCCCCGGCACCCCCAACUUGAAAGGAAAUGCAUUCAUUCCCAACCCAUCUCUGUUGACCAUCGAAAUGGGCAACGUUACACUCUCCCUUUCCGUCCCCGUUAAAGGGGUCGACACCAUCGUCGGCAACGCCACAAUCCUCAACUUCAAGAUCGUCCCCGGCAGCAACAGCCUCCCUAUGACCGGCACCAUCGACAACAGUAAAGUUCUCCCUGCUCUCGUUAACGGCAAAGUGAACAUGACUAUCAUCGGAGAGACCUCUAUUCGCAACGGCGAGCAUUUGACCUACUAUGAAAAAGCACUUAAAUCCAACGUCCUCGUCCUUGAGAUGAACGUACAGCAAAUCCUCGCCGAUAGCGCUGCCUCCUUGAGAGCAGCCUCGAACUCGACAUCUUCAGCUACCUCAUCCGCAUCCACAGCUUCACCCACCGUUUCAUAA